AAGGAAGCCUUUAUAAAAGCGCCACACCAGCAUCUUAAGCAUUCAGUUUCAGAAAGUCGUUGUUUGUAUAUCAACAUGUCAGGAAGAGGAAAGACCGGAGGAAAGGCACGCGCCAAGGCUAAGACUCGCUCUUCUCGAGCUGGUUUGCAGUUUCCCGUUGGCCGUGUUCACAGGCUUCUAAGGAAAGGCAACUAUGCUGAGCGGGUGGGUGCCGGUGCUCCCGUUUAUUUGGCUGCUGUGCUCGAGUACCUGACCGCUGAAAUUCUUGAGUUAGCCGGUAAUGCUGCCCGCGACAACAAGAAGACUAGAAUCAUCCCUCGUCACCUGCAGUUGGCUGUUCGUAACGACGAAGAGCUCAAUAAGUUGCUUGGUGGCGUGACCAUCGCUCAGGGUGGUGUGUUGCCCAACAUUCAGGCCGUGCUUCUGCCUAAGAAGACUGAGAAACCAGCUAAGAGCAAGUAAACUAAAACGAUAAGUUCGUCAACCCCAACGGCUCUUUUCAGAGCCACC